AUGAUCACUGAGAUGAGCAACGCCGGAGUAGACGAAUUUAUACAAGUCGUCUCAAUCGGCCUCAUCGUUGUCGGCUUUCUUCUCAACACCAGUCGAUAUUUAACAGCCAUCGAAUUAUGCGAGGAAUGCUUGUUCAUUCUGAAAGACAGAGCAGCCAUAAUAGACCAGGAAUUCACCAAAUCAUUCUACGAGAGGAUAUAUUUUACAAUGUGGAAGGCUUGUAGUCUUAUCAGUGAUAACACAAACGCCAUAAAAUACGCAGAAAAGGUUCUCCAAAUUUACCGUGAAAAUGGUGAAAGACUUGAAGAAUGUGAGCUAAGCUUAGAACUUGGGGAAAUGUAUUUCCAUCAAUGCAAAUACCCAGAGGCAAUACAACUCUCUGAAAAAGCGCUCUUGAUCAGUAGAGAAAUUGGAGGCAGAAGAGGAGAAGCUUACUGUCACCUAAGCCUUGGAGUCGUGUAUCAAUCAGUUGGCGAAUAUGAGAAGGCUAAAGAACAUCUCGAAAAAGCACUCUCGAUCCGCAAAGAAAUUGGAGAUAGCAACGGAGAUGCUGCCUCGUACUUAAACCUUGGAACUGUGUGUCUACCAAAUGGCAAAUAUGAGAAGGCUAGAGAACAUCUGGAGAAAUCACUUGUGAUGUAUAACGAAAUUGGAAACAGGAAAGGAGAAGCUACCUCGCUCUAUUACCUUGGAGCUGUGUGUCGAACAUUUGGCGAAUAUGAGAAGGCUAAAGGACAUCUGGAGAAAUCAGUUGUGAUCUUCAAAGAAAUUGGUGACAGAAAUGGAGAAGCUAGCUCUUACUUAUGCCUUGGAACUGUGUAUCAAGCAGUUGGUAAAUACGAGAAGGCUAGAGAACUUCUCGAGGAGUCACUUGCGAUCCAGAAAGAAAUUGGACACAGAAAAGGAGAAGCUGCCUCCUACGUAAGCCUUGGAUCUGUGUGUGGAGCAAUUGGCGAAUAUGAGAAGUCUAGAGAACAUCUCGAGAGAGCACUUGUGAUUCAGAAGGAAAUUGGAGACGAAGAGGGAGAAGGGAUAAGUUACGUUAACCUUGUAACUCUGUAUGCAUCAGUUGGCGAAUACGAGAAUGCUUCAGACUACUGUCAAAAAUCCUUAGCCAUCAGUAAAAACAUUGGCAACAGACGUAUACUAGCUUUUAGUUACUAUAACCUGGGAGCGAACUGUUACUGUCUUGGAAAGUAUAGAAAGGCUAACGAAUAUAAUCAGAAAGCACUUGCAAUCUUCAAAGACAUUGGAGACAGAGAUGCGAUGGCUAGAACGUACCUCAAGCAAGGAGCUGUGGAGCAUGCUGUUGGUAACUUUGUCAAGGCAAGAGAAUGUUUUGAAAAAGCAAUUGCGAUAAGCAAAGAAAUUGGAAAUGGGGAUAUAAAAGCAGCGGGUUGCUCAAACCUCGGCGUUUUGCUUAUAGAUCAGGCUGAAUAUGAUAGAGGGGAAGAAUAUAUCAAGAGAGCACUUGUAUUAAGUGAAGCAGUUGGAGAGAUUGAAAAACAGUUCCAGUUGCUCAUAAUUAUGGCACACCUUAGAAUGAAAGAGAGAAAUAUUCGGGAAGCUAUCUCAUAUUUCCUCUCUGCUAUUGAAAAAAGCGAGGAAAUGCGCGGCUGUCUCCGCGACAACGAUCAAUUUAAGAUUUCUUUCACAGAUCACAAUAUUCGCUCCUACAGAGAUGUCAGUGCGUUGCUUUUUGCAACCGGAAAUCCUACUGAAGCUUUGUAUGUGUCAGAGCUUUCGAGGGCCAGGGCUUUGGCAGAUUUAAUGUCAGCUCAGUACUCUGUGGAGAAUCAAAUAUCAGCUAAUCCUCGAACAUGGGCUGGUCUUGAAGGCAUCGUGGGCAAAAAAUGUAACCGCACCUGUCUAUACGCCUCAUAUCAUUUUGAGAGUAUAUAUUUGUGGAUUCUUAAGGCAGGCAGAGUCACACAU